CUGCUCACAAUAUUACAUUACAACAGAUAUUGAAGGGUUAACUAGAGAGGCUUUUGCCCCACCUCCCUCUCCCUCCCGUGUGAAAGAGGAUCAGUGUUUCCCUCACUCUUCUCCCUGCUUCCAUAAUGGCUGUUCGUUUUGCAUUGAGCUCUGCAGAAAGAAGGAUUGGAUUUGGUUUUCUGAGGCCCACAACAACAACCACGGACAUCAGGAGAGGGGCAGUGGGUAAUGCUGUUGCUUCUGUCACUGUCCAGGACAGCCACGGGAAGCUCAAGACUGUGGCUGACCUCCCAGAGAUCAACACAUCUAGGAUGUUGUACAGACUGAUCUUUAAACGGUACCUGAAUCGCAUGCAUGAGCUACAGUUAUACGAAAAACAGCUUUAUGGUCCCUUGUACAAAGUGAACGCUGGAAACUUCCAAUCCAUUUCAAUAAACAGUGUGGACUUACUGGAGGAACUCCUUAGAAAAGAUGAGAAGUUUCCUUGCAGAGGAGACAUGACUCUGUGGACAGAGUACCGUGACAUGAGGGGCAUCGGCUACGGCCCUUUCACAGAAGAAGGAGAGAAAUGGUACAAACUGCGGUCAGUGCUGAACAAACGCAUGCUGCAUCCAAAGGACUCGGUUCAGUAUGGAGAUGUGGUCAAUGCGGUGGUCAAAGACUUCAUCAAACGGAUUUACUAUCUGCGGGAAAUGAGCCCCACUGGUGAUCUUGUACCUAACUUGACCAAUGAGCUUUACCGGUUUUCCCUUGAAGGAAUCUCAUCCAUUCUUUUUGAGACGCGCAUUGGCUGCCUGGAGAAAGAGAUUCCUGCAGAGACACAGGAUUUCAUUAAUUCUAUUGCACAAAUGUUCACCUACAGCAUGCCUGUGGUGGUGCUGCCCAACUGGACUCGCAGUUACUUGCCAUUUUGGCAGUGGUACCUCAAUGGCUGGGAGGGAAUAUUCAAAUUCGCCGGAAAGAUGAUUGACAUGAAGAUGGAGGCCAUUCAGAGGCGCGUGGAUGCAAAUCAGGAGGUUGCUGGGGAGUAUCUCACCUAUCUGCUUUCCAAUGUUAAAAUGAGCAGUAAAGAUGUUUAUGGAAGCAUUUCUGAGCUUCUGUUGGCUGGAGUGGACACAACCUCCAACACCAUGUUGUGGGCACUGUAUCUCCUCUCAAGAGAUCCAGAAGCUCAAGAGGCUCUGUAUCAGGAUGUAACCAGAGUCUUAAAGGGCGACAGAGUCCCAACAGCACAGGAAGUGAACAACAUGCCUUACCUCAAAGCUGUCAUCAAGGAAACACUAAGGAUGUAUCCUGUGGUGCCCAUGAAUUCUCGUCUUAUUGCAGAAAAUGAUGUUGUCAUUGGUGGACACUUUUUCCCAAAAAAGACAACAUUCACUCUGUGCCACUAUGCAAUCAGCCGUGAUGAGAAAGUCUUUCCAGAACCACGGAAGUUCAAACCUGACCGCUGGCUCCGAGAUGGCAGAACAAGACCCAACCCAUUUGGGUCAAUCCCAUUUGGCUUUGGAGUCAGAGGAUGUGUUGGCCGUCGCAUUGCUGAAUUGGAGAUGCAUCUGGCUUUGGCAAGGCUAAUCAAGUUGUUUGAAAUCAGACCGGACCCAACUGUAGGUGAGGUUCAGUCACUCAAUCGCACAGUGCUUGCGCCAGACAGAAAGGUUAACCUCCACUUUGUGGAGAGACCAAAGAUACAUUCUGAAGCAUAGCUAAAGAAGACCACUGUCUCAGCAAGACAUAAGCUGCAUGUGUACAUUUGAAAAUUAUCAGCUGAAGUGAAUCAUGUGAAUAUGUGAACUUAAUAUCUUCAUUUGAUAAUGAUUCUGUUGUGCUUUGGAAUAUGCAAUAUAAAUGAGCCUGUAUUACACUAUGAA